CCGAGCCCCCGGAGCGCUGAGGGCCGGUGCCUCAGAGCCGCAGCCAUGGCAGACAAGGAGAUGCAGGGGUUCCUGCCUCCCUUCAAGCACUUCGCCACCAGCGCCAUCCAUGUGGGCCAGGAUCCCGAGCAGUGGCGCUCCGGGGCCGUGGUGCCGCCCAUCUCGCUCUCCACCACCUUCAAGCAGCGGGCGCCCGGCGAACACGCGGGUUAUGAAUAUGCCCGGUCUGGGAACCCCACUCGGGAUUGCCUGGAAAAGGCUGCGGCCGCCCUCGAUGGAGCCAAAUACUGCUUGGCUUAUUCCUCUGGCUUAGCAGCUCUUUUGAACAUCUGUCACCUGCUGAAGACAGGGGACACAGUUAUCUGUAUGGAUGAUGUCUAUGGAGGCACAAACAGAUAUUUCCAGAAAGUAGCAUCGGAAAAUAAUUUGAAAGUAGUUUUUGUUGACUGCACAAAACCAAAAUGCCUGGAAGCUGCAAUUACACCAGAGACCAAGCUGGUUUGGCUGGAGACCCCCACGAACCCCACGCUGAAGGUGAUUGACAUCAAAGCCUGUGCAGACGUGGUGCGCAGGCACCCAGGGGUGCUGCUGGCCGUGGACAACAGCUUCAUGUCUGCCUACUUCCAGCGUCCUUUGUCCCUGGGGGCUGAUAUUUGUAUGUCUUCUGCAACCAAAUACAUGAAUGGCCGUAGUGAUGUUCUCAUGGGCCUGGUCUCUGUAAAUCGGGAUGAUCUCUACGAGAGGCUCAAAUUCCUGCAGAACUCCCUGGGAGCUGUCCCCUCCCCCUUUGACUGCUACAUGUGCAACCGGGGGCUCAAGACUCUGCACAUCAGGAUGAAGCUGCACUUCCACAACGGCCUGGCCGUGGCCAAGUUCCUGGAAUCCCAUCCCAGGGUGGAGAAGGUCAUUUACCCAGGGUUGCCUUCCCACCCCCAGUACGAUGUGACAAAGAAGCAGUGCACGGGCUGUCCUGGAAUGAUCGCCUUCUACAUCAAAGGGAACAUCAAAAAUGCCUCUGCCUUCCUCAAGAACCUGAAGGUGUUUUCCCUGGCUGAGAGUCUGGGUGGCUUCGAGAGCCUGGCAGAGCAUCCGGCCAUCAUGACCCACGCCUCAGUGCCUGAGGAGGAGAGGAAAGCUCUGGGCAUCACUGACACCUUGAUCCGCCUCUCGGUGGGGCUGGAGGACGAGGAGGAUUUGCUCCAAGACCUGGAGCAGGCCCUGAAGGCUGCGUUUGAAUAAACCCUGAGGGUCUAAAAGGAGCUCGGAACUGGACGUGGCUGUGGACAAGGACAUGGAAACCAAACCUCUCCUGCUCUGCCUUUGCUUUGCCAGCAGAGCUCAGUGUUUCUCCUGCUGCUGCAGGCUUGGGGCACAAGGGCUGGUUCCUGUUACUGCUCUCAGGUCUUUCUCUUCUCACCCAUCAGCUCGGCUCAGACAUUUGAUUAAGCUCAGAUUUAUUUUAAUUAAGUUAGAAAUUUGCGUAAGAGCUUUUUCUUCUCUUGAGAUUUUAUUGAAAAUGAAGUGAAAUCCAACACCUGGCAAAUAAUAACUUUCUGAAGAGGAGACCUUGUCUCUUUUAAGAAAAAAAAUCAUGUGCUGUGGGAAUUACUGGAAUAAU